GAAAUGACCCUUGAUGACUUCAAGAGUAAGACAAUGAAGAAGAAUCAAUCUGAUCAGAAGUCCCAUGAAGAAAAAGCUAAAGGUCUUCAUUUUCAUUCUCCUUGGAGGUGGUACACUGCUAUAGUGACUCUAGGGAUAAUGUGCGUGGGAUUAUUGGUCACAAUUAUAGUUCAAGUAAUACAAUUAUCUCAGGUGUCUAAUCUCCUAAAGCAACAGCAAGCAAACCUUACUCUUCAGGAAAAUGUGCUGGAGGGACAAUUCUUAGCACAAAAAGAGGCAGAAAAAUCUUCCCAAGAGUCACAAAGGGAGCUCAAAGCAAUAAUAGAAGCCCUUUCAAAGAAGUUGGAUGAAGAAUCCAAAGAAAAGAUGGAGCUACAUCGCCAGAACCUGAAUCUGCAAGAAGCUUUGAAGAAAUCAGCAAACUAUUCAGGUCCUUGUCCCCAAGACUGGAUCUGGCAUGGAAAAAGCUGUUACUUCUUUACCUCUGAUUCAUUUAAUUGGGAAAGAAGUCAAGAAAAUUGCUUGUCUUUGGGUGCCCGGAUGCUGAAAAUUGAUAACACAGAAGAUUUGGACUUCAUCCAAAAAGCAAGUGCCCACUCUAGUUUUCCCUUGUGGAUAGGACUGUCUCGGAGGAAACCUAGCACCUCAUGGAGGUGGGAGGACGGUUCUCCUUUGCUGCAUGACUUGUUUCGAAUCCGGGGUGCUAUUUCCCAGAACAAUCCUUCAGACAGCUGUGCCUAUGUACAAAGAGGGAUCGUUUUUGCUGACAACUGCAUUUUAAAUGCAUUCAGUAUAUGUCAGAAGAGGGCGACUCUCCAGAAAGCAGAGUGA